CUUACCGGUGGCCAUAUAAUUAUAUAAAUGCCAAACCUCUUCUGGGUUUUUUACCCAGAGCUAGCUGUGUAAGAAUUUCUUUAAUUUAUAAAAAUGGCGUCGGAAGUGAAGAGUGAACCAGAUUUCUCCUUCAAAGAAGCAGAUACUGAGAAGGGUAUGGCUGGGAAUAAGAAGAACAGCACUUUGAGUAUCAAUGGAAAAAGGAGGUUCAAGAAGAGGUCUUAUCUCUUCCCGUGUAUGAGGCUGGAUGAAGAAGUGCCCACUGAGGAGCGGCCGGACGGUGAUGGAGGCCUCGACGUAGAGGCUGCCGGAAAAGGUCAACGGUCAACUCACCUGGUUGUUAUGGUCAAUGGCAUUAUAGGCAGUGCUGAGAAUUGGAAAUUUUCUGCAAAGCAAUUUGUGAGAGCUUUUCCAAGAGAUGUCAUUGUUCACUGCAGCAAAUCAAAUUCUAAAACACUAACGUUUGAUGGCAUUGACGUAACGGGGAAGAGGCUAGCUGACGAGGUUAUAUCUGUCGUACAACGUUAUCCAGACCUUCAAAAGAUUUCAUUUAUAGGUCACUCACUUGGAGGUCUGAUAUCAAGAUAUGCCAUUGCCAAACUAUACAGUCAAGGUUGUGCAGAAAAGCGUAAUGGAGAGGGUGUGAUAGUAAACGGAUGUAAAUGUAAUAGUAGCGUUGUACGGAAAGGCAACAUUGCUGGACUGGAACCUGUGAAUUUCAUAACCAUUGCAACACCUCAUCUUGGUUGCAGGGGACACAAACAGGUCCCUGCAUUCUGUGGACUUUACUCCAUGGAGAAAGCGGCGUCUCGUGCUUCAUGGAUGCUGGGAAGAACAGGAAGACAUCUUUUUUUAACGGAUAAUAAUAACGGAAAAGAUCCUCUUCUGGUUCAGAUGGCUACUGAUUCUGAAGAUCUUCCCUUCAUAUCAGCUUUGGAAGCGUUCAAGCGUCGCGUGGCUUAUGCGAAUAUACAUUUCGACCAAAUUGUUGGGUGGAGUACAUCAUCAAUACGGCCAACAAACGAGCUUCCAAAGCGUAAGAAUCUCAUCAUGAAAAGUAUAAUUGAAAAGUAUCCACACAUUGUCAAUCUAGAAGCAGCAGCAGCAAAGAGUAGUAGUACCUCCCAAAGCCAAGGCUCUCUGGUGAUUGCUAGAACCAAACACAAGGCUACUCAUUUUGAAGAAGCUAUGAUCAAAGGCUUGACUACGAAGUUGAGUUGGGAUCGUGUGGAUGUUAGUUUUCGGGGUAGCAAACAAAGAUUUUUCGCCCAUAAUGCAAUUCAGGUACAGACAUAUUGUUUAAAUUCUGAUGGAGCUGAUGUUAUACAACACAUGAUUGACAAUUUUGUACUAUAAAACGACGCAGUACUACCUGGGUACACUCCAAUUCACACUACACUACACUGCUGCUGCUGUAGAGAAAAUGAGAGAGAGAGAGAAUCUUGUUGUACUAGCAAUAUAUAGAGAAUUUUUCA